AGGUAGGACAUCGACAUGCAGAACGACGCUGGCGAGUUCGUGGACCUGUACGUGCCGCGGAAAUGCUCCGCGAGCAACCGCAUCAUUGGUGCCAAGGACCACGCGUCCAUCCAGAUGAACGUGGCCGAGGUUGACAGGGUCACAGGUCGGUUUAAUGGCCAGUUUAAAACCUACGCUAUCUGCGGCGCCAUUCGCAGGAUGGGCGAGUCAGAUGAUUCUAUUCUCCGAUUGGCUAAAGCUGAUGGAAUUGUCUCCAAGAAUUUUUGACCAGAAGAGAUUGGGGGAAAUUCUGU